UCAUUCUCUUGUUUUCAUUGAUCAUCCAUCCAAUCAAUUGCAGAAGAGAAGAUCGAGAAAUGGCAACAGCAAAUAAAGAAACAAGAACAGUGUUUGUGCCGUGUCUGGAGGGACUGAAGCUUGUAAGAACCCAACAAACCGAUGGCCGUGGCGAUUUCCAGACCAAACCUUUCUUGGAUGUCUGCAAACAUAUUUUGCCUCUCUUAGAUAAAUUUGGGGCUGCAAUGACCAUCGUCAAGGCUGACAUUGGCGGGAACAUAUCCAGGCUGGAAUCUAAGUAUGAUACGGAUCCGACGAGAUUCAAGUUGCUGUAUAGCUUGGUGAAAGCCGAGGUGGAAGCUAACACCGCUAAAGGCUCAUCCAGCUGCACCAAUGGACUGCUCUGGCUAACAAGAGCAAUGGAUUUCUUAGUGCAGCUGUUCCGCAACCUGUGCGAGCACCAAGACUGGUCCAUGUCCCAGUGCUGCAACGAUGCCUACGCCACCACCUUGAAGAAAUGGCACGGCUGGCUCGCUAGCUCAAGCUUCUCGGUCGCCAUGAAGCUUGUUCCGGACAGGAACAAGUUUUUGGAGGUGUUAGGGCCAGAAGAGAAUGUCUUCCAAGAUAUGAACAAGCUCUGCGCAGAAUUCUCCCCCGUCCUCGCAGAGAUCCACAACUAUCUGGCAAGUAGUGGACUAGAUGAAAUGAAGUGUUCCUGAAGAAAUUCCGACUUCUAAUAGAUAUCCAUCCUACAUUUUCACUAUAUUCUUUGUCACAUCUUUUCAUUUCGAUCCUAAGUUUCCAAUACUAUCGGCGCAGUCUCAUUUACUACUACUUUGUAAUGAAUCUAAAGUUAAUGUAGUUUUAGUAUGCAUUCUUCCAGCUUUCAGACAACAUUCUGAUGCAGAAU